AUGGACGCCUCUUCCGAGCAGAGGGUGCUCCAUAGCACCGGCUCGUUGACGGGCUAUCGGCCUCUGCGGCAGCUCGGCAGCGGCUAUCUCGAGGCCACGACCGAAUUCGAGCAGCCGUUCUGCGGAAACAAGGAGGGCUGGGGGCCUCUGAGCCCCUUCCGCUACGACUUCACACCCUGCUUCAUCGAUGUCUGGGUUGCCAUCGUCGCCGUCGGCGGCCUCGUCCUCGGUGCCGGUGCCGUCUGGCUGCUCAGCAAGCAGAGGCCUCUGGUUGCCGAUAUCAAGACUCCGCGCUUCUGGGUGAAGCAGACCCUCCUUGCUGUCGUCAUCGCCGACGUCGUAGUCCAGCUCGGCUUACAGAUCAUCAGCUACGGAUCGAUUGCCCUCGGCGACUUCCGAACAUGGACUACUAUCCUGACGAUUGCCUCCAUGGGCGUCAUAUUCACGAUACAGUGGCUGGAGGAGUCGCGCAUGCGCCACGCCCACGGUGUCGUGCUCUUCUACUGGCUCCUGCUCAUCAUCGCCUCGGCCGUCAAGCUCCGGUCGCUCAUCUCGCAGCAGCUCUACGCCGACCCCGAGAACCUGCCCUACUUUGUCGUCUACUGCGCCGGCUUCGGCCUCGGCCUGGCCGAGUUCCUGGUCGAGUGGCUCUGGCCGCGCACCCUGCUGGGCGCCGACGCCUACGCCGCCAUCGACGACGACGAGGGCGAGGAGUGCCCGGUCGAGUACGCCACCAUCUUCUCCCGUCUGGCCUUUGACUGGAUGACGCCCAUGAUGAGGCGCGGCUACAAGGUCUUCCUGACCGAGGCCGACCUGUGGGGCCUUGCCAGGUCCGACCAGACCAAGAACACCUACGCCGCCUUCAGCGAGGCCUGGGGCAGGGAGCUGAAGCACCGCCCCAGCUCCCCGUCUCUCUGGCUCACCCUCGCCCGAGCCCACGGUGGGUCGUAUCUCAUCGCCGCCGUCUUCAAGGUUGGGAACGACCUCUCCCAGUACAUCCAGCCGCAGCUCCUGCGCCUCCUCAUCGCCUUUGUCGCGUCGUACGCCGGCAACGUGACCGAGGAGCCCGUCAUCAAGGGUGCCGCCAUCGCCUUGGCCAUGUUCGGCUGUGCUUCUUUCCAGACUGUCAUGAUUCACCAAUACUUCCAACGCUCGUUCGAGACCGGUAUGCGCAUCAAGGGGAGCCUGGCUUCCUCCAUCUACCGCAAGUCCCUCAAGCUGUCCAACGAGGGGCGGUCUUCCAAGACGACCGGCGACAUUGUCAACUACAUGGCCGUCGAUGCUCAGCGGCUCCAGGACUUCACGCAGAUAGGCCACCAGAUCUGGUCCGCCCCUCUGCAGAUCACCAUCUGCAUGGUCUCCCUCUACAACCUCGUAGGGUGGUCCAUGAUGGCCGGGAUUGCCGUCAUGAUCAUCAUGAUGCCCAUCCAGGGCUUCACGGCCAAGCUCAUGAAGAACAUGCAGAAGAGCCAGAUGAAGAACAAGGACGCCCGGAGCCGCCUCAUCACCGAGAUCAUCAACAACAUGAAGUCCAUCAAGCUGUACGCCUGGGGCGGCGCCUUUAUGAACAAGCUCAACCAUGUCCGCAACGAGCAGGAGCUCAAGAACCUGCGCAAGAUCGGUGCCACCCAGGCCAUCGCCAACUUCACGUGGUCCACGGCCCCCUUCUUCGUGUCGUGCUCCACGUUCACUGCCUUUGUCCUCACUCAGGACAGGCCCCUGACGACCGAGAUCAUCUUCCCCUGCCUUGGUGAGUCCCCCGCCCCCAUCGACGGCGAUGCAGCCCUUUUCAACCUCCUGACCUUCCCGCUAGCGGUCCUCCCCAUGGUCAUCUCGGCCAUGGUCGAGGCCAGCGUCGCUGCCGGUCGCAUCACCAAGUUCCUCGCCGCCGAGGAGCUGCAGUCCGACGCCGUCACCUUCAAGCCCGCCCCCAGGGAGCUGGGCGAGGAGACCGUCGUCGUGCGCGGCGGUUCGUUCUCGUGGAACCGCCACGAGGACAAGCGGGUCCUGGAGGACAUCGACUUCACCGCCUACAAGGGAGAGCUGUCGUGCAUCGUCGGCAGCGUCGGAGCCGGCAAGUCGUCGCUCCUGCAGUCCCUCAUCGGCGACCUGUUCAAGGAGAAGGGUACCGUCGAGGUCAGGGGCACCAUCUCGUACGCGUCGCAGCAGACGUGGAUCCUCAACGCCUCGGUCAAGGAGAACAUCGUGUUCGGAUACCGCUACGACUCCGAGUUCUACGAGCGCACCGUCGAGGCCUGCGCCCUCCUCGACGACUUUGCCCAGCUGCCGGACGGUGACGAGACGAUUGUGGGUGAGCGCGGCAUCUCGCUGAGCGGCGGGCAGAAGGCCCGCGUCUCCCUCGCCCGCGCCGUCUACGCCCGCGCCGACAUCGUCCUCCUCGACGACAUCCUCUCGGCCGUCGACUCGCACGUCGGCAAGCACAUCACCGAGCACGUCCUCGGCCCCCGCGGUCUCCUGUCGACCAAGACGCGUAUCCUGGCCACCAACGCCAUCGCCGUCCUCCGGCAAUCCAGCUACGUCACCCUGCUCAGAGACGGCAAGAUCUGGGAGAAGGGCACGUACAGGGAGCUGGCCGCCAUGAAGGGCGCCGUUGCCGAGCUCCUGCGCCACGCCGGCCACGAGGACGGCAGCGGAUCCUCGAGCGGCUCGGCCAGCGAGACGUCGACCGUCAUCGAAGCCCCCGCCACGCAGACCAAGGAGGAGCUGGACGAGAGCGAGGAGUGCGUGCCCGAGAUGGAGCCCAUCAAGGCCGGCGCGUCGACCGCCGGCGGCAAGCCCCGCUCCAGCAGCACGGCCACGCUCCGACGUGCCAGCACGGCAUCCUUCCGGGGGCCCCGCGGCAAGCUGACGGACGAGGAGGUCGCCGGUGCCGGUGCCGGGGCCAGGUCCAGGCAGAACAAGGAGCUCGUGGAGCAGGGAAAGGUCAAGUGGAACGUGUACCUCGAGUACGCGCGCGAGAACGACGUCGUUGCCGUGUGCGUCUACCUCUUCACGAUGCUCGCGUCGCAGGCGGCCAACAUGGGCGGCUCGGUGUGGCUGAAGCAGUGGUCGGAGAGCAACCAGGACAGCGGGGCGAACACGCGGGUGGGCAUGUACAUUGGCGUGUACUUCGCCUUCGGGAUCGGGUCGUCGCUCCUGACGGUGAUCCAGACGCUCGUGCUGUGGAUCUUCUGCUCGAUCGAGGCGUCGCGCAAGUUCCACGAGCGCAUGGCCAACGCCAUCUUCCGGGCGCCCAUGUCCUUCUUCGACACGACGCCGGCGGGGCGGAUCCUCAACCGCUUCUCCAGCGACAUCUACAAGAUCGACGAGGUGCUGGCGCGCACCUUCAACCAGCUCCUGGUCAGCACGACCAGGUCCCUGUUCACGCUGGCCGUCAUCUCGGUGUCGACGCCGGCCUUCGUCGGGCUCAUCGUGCCCCUGGUGGGGGCCUACUACUGGAUCCAGCGGUACUACCUCCGGACGUCGCGCGAGCUCAAGCGGCUCGACAGCGUGAGCCGCAGCCCCAUCUACGCGCACUUCCAGGAGUCGCUGGGCGGGGUGUCGACGAUCCGGGCGUACCGGCAGCAGCAGAGGUUCGAGCUGGAGAACGAGUGGCGCGUGGACGCGAACCUCAGGGCCUACUUCCCGUCCGUCAGCGCCAACCGCUGGCUGGCGAUGCGGCUCGAGAUCAUCGGCGCGCUGGUGAUCCUGGCCGCGGCCGGGUUCUCGGUCAUGUCGGUGGCCAGCGGCAGCGGGCUGAGCGCGGGCCUGGUCGGCCUGGCCAUGUCGUACGCCCUCCAGAUCACCACGGCGCUCAACUGGAUCGUGCGGCAGACGGUCGAGGUCGAGACCAACAUCGUGGCCGUCGAGCGCGUGCUCGAGUACGCCCGGCUGCCCAGCGAGGCGGCCGAGGUGGUGCCGGGCACGAGGCCGCCGGUGGCCUGGCCGGCCAAGGGGGAGGUGGACUUUGUCAACUACAGCACCCGGUACCGCGAGGGCCUGGACCUCGUCCUCAGGAACGUCAGCCUCGACAUCAGGUCCCACGAGAAGAUCGGCGUCGUCGGCCGCACGGGGGCCGGCAAGUCGUCCCUCACGCUGGCCCUGUUCCGCCUCAUCGAGCCGCGCACCCUCCGGUCCCCCCUGUUCGCCAACCGCACCAUCAUCACGGUAGCCCACAGGCUCAACACCAUACUCGACAGCGACAGGGUCGUGGUCCUCGACAAGGGCGAGGUGGCCGAAUUCGACACGCCCAAGGCGCUCUACGCGAAGCAGGGUAUCUUCUACAACCUCAUGAAGCAGGCCGGUCUCGAGAUGGACUCACCUUCUUCUGCUCAGCUGACUACAGCUGAUACGGCUCAGACGCAGGAUGGUCAGGAGUGA